UCUUGACACUCCGUCAUUUUCCCUUCGCUAGGGUUUUCACUUUAGGCAAAGAGCGAACGCCUUAUUUUUGCGAAACAUGGCGGAAAGAGCACCGAUCGAAUCCGUACAAUGUUUCGGUCGCAAGAAGACAGCGGUGGCCGUGACCUACUGCAAGAGAGGCCGUGGUUUGAUCAAGAUCAACGGCUGUCCCAUCGAGCUUGUUGAGCCCGAGAUCCUCCGUUUCAAGGCCGUUGAGCCAAUCCUCCUCCUCGGUCGCCAACGUUUCGCUGGUGUUGACAUGAGGAUCCGAGUGAAAGGCGGAGGCCACACAUCUCAGAUCUACGCUAUCCGUCAAAGCAUCGCUAAAGCCCUGGUCACUUUUUACCAGAAGUACGUUGAUGAGCAAAGCAAGAAGGAGAUUAAGGACAUUUUGGUCAGGUACGAUAGGACUUUGCUGGUGGCCGAUCCAAGGAGGUGCGAGCCCAAGAAGUUCGGUGGAAGAGGUGCUAGGGCAAGGUUCCAGAAGAGUUACCGUUGAAGAAAUUUCAUGGUUUGUUUGGAAAAACUGGGUUUUGUUGCAUUUCAAGAGAUAAUAUGGUUAUGUUCAUUUUGAAUUAAUUUUUGUUAUGUGGGUUAAAAUUAGCUAUGACUGAGUUUCGGAACUUUAAAUGUUAAUUUUGCUUUAAUGUUUGCGUUAAUCUAUAGAUAUUCGCCUAAGUUAUUGUGGUUUUUAUUCAUAUUUUCCUUCUGCUUUUCGCUUUUCGUUUGUCUCUUGGAUGAUUACUUAGAAUUCUCUUGAAGUAGUUUAGUUUAGCUUUGCUUCGAUCAUGGUUUAUUGUUUUAGUAUAAUGUUAACUUUUAGAUGCUCUCA